UCCUUAUCCUGCUGUACGCCCAGCACACUCACAAUGCCCCUCGACAAUGGAACCAGCACGUUUGCCGACAUCGAUAGACCUGUCAAUUCCGCUGUUCCCUCUAAAGCCUUCUAUUUUCAGAGAAGUAUGGAUCUACAGUAUCAUGCGCUUCGUAUCGCCAGUUGGGACCCUUAUUUUGAAGAAUAUCUUCAAGCACUAGUCGAGCAUGUAUACAUUCAGUACUUGCCCUAUAACAACUUCCUAUCUCAAGAUCGGGAUAUCUGGCGGAUAGCAAACACAGAUUAUAGCUUUUGGUUCUCUACGUUUGACCUCGGACACCUCAGGACUCGUGAUCCCGAGAGCGGAAAGCUGUCGACAUUCUUCAAUAUCCCCAUGCAUUUAGCGGUAAUUGGCCAUAUGGGCGAAGAAACAUCUUACAAACCAUCAAGUGCCGUUGGCGUUCGUGUACCGGAUGGCGCCCUUGUAGCCUACAGUGUACACAAGAAAUCCGAGUUCCCAACUUCUUCCCCGAGCCCCACCUCAACGCCCACUGCUCCGAACUUUGAUCGCCUGCAUCUCAGCCCCUUCUUUCCCCAGAUGGCCAAAAUGGACGACGAAGAUUUCCUCUUGACAGUUGUCACACCCCUUAUACUGGAGAUCAAGGCUGAAGACCACCCUUUGACUGAGGGUUGGAUCCAACUCUGUGGUUACUCGCUCAGCUCCUUUCAGGCCUGCCGCUGCCGAUGGGGUUUGUUUCAGCGCGGAGGCAUGUUUGGCAGGUUGAUGGUAUUGGGAGAAGUCAAUGAGGAGGGCAUUGCGAUUGAGUACAGGGAUCCUACGAGAGACUCUAAGGACGAUGGCGAUGAUGAUGAGCCCCCAAAGGUCUUGAAGAAUGUUGAUGAAUUUGAGCUGUUCUUGAAGAGCCCCAGAGGUACCGGUACGCUUCCUCAUCGGCUAUUCACCAAUAGCACCCUCAGUGCCGACGGAGAUCUCGAUCCAAUUGGAGUCAAGGUCGCCCAUGCCACCAUUCAGAUGGGCAUCGACCUCAUCAAGACACUCCCUAUCGAUCGCCCCCUCGGCCGCCUACCGGACCCUCCCGACAGCGAUCUCCUCUCAUCGAUCAAUGUCUGUCUAAGAGACAUGAUUAAUAAUGACGAAACAAAUCAGCACCUCGUUCACCCCUUUCAACAUUUAUCCUUUCAAAACGAAGCAGCAUCUGCCACGAUUCAGGAGGAAGCUGUCGACAAAACCGAUAUGGAGAAGGAAGACUCUUCAGACUGUUGCGAAAGCUACGAGUCUGACUCAUAUAUGUCGAUAGACGAGGAGGAGAGUGAGCAGGAAUGGUGGACUAUGGGCCGGGUGGAAAAGGAUUUGCUGAAGGAGAAAGGGGACAAGGCCUACGUUGAGGCUAUGUGCAAGGUCCUAAGAGAUAAAGGAACCCCUUUCUUCCUGCUUUCCCCGUCCCAAUUUGACAAGCUGUCCUCAUGAUCACUUCUACUUUUUAUUCUGUCUCUCAGCUCAAUCUGUUCGCACCUCCCUUGACAUUCUUCCAAUGGGAUUUAUGCCCUCCCCUAUCAUUCCUCGUGGCACUCUUCAUCUUAUCCUUGGGUUUCUUCUUGGCUUUGCUACUACGAGCCUUACAACCAUCUUUUAUUAGGUCGUCUCUGUCUUACUCUUCUCAAUGCUGCAUCUUGCUUGACAGCUUGGUAAAGGUACCUCCAUCGCGUACGUUCGGCUUCAAUACAGGGCCCAGUCCUGUCCCAUAAAUCUUAAUCUUCAAACGGCGAUUUCACGUCAUGGAGGUGUUGGAUUGAGGUGAUGAGGAUGCGGUCUAAGUCAUGUCAUAAUAGACAAGAAGUCUGUCCAGGUAUGAUAUUUAGCAUAGUGACUCCCCCGAGGAAAACUAAAGGGGGUAGGAACUAUCAUCCCGUGAUUAACGUCAGGCUGCAUCCUUCCUAAUCUCAUCGUUAAAGAUUUCGAGCUUUUGGCAUGCUCACAUGAGGCCUCAACGGCACACGCAUGAGCGGUGCCAUUUGCGGUCCUGACUAAAGGUUGAGAUGACGCUUUUCCCAGAAUUAUGAUCCGAUUCUGGAGAAUGAUCGAACAGCUGCACUGAGAACACUUGGGAAUGAAGCAAACAGGCAGGAAGGAAGGAUAGAACUGGCGAAAAGAAAGCAUGAGGGAGGUAGAAGAGUAGUUGGGCUAGAAUAGUGGACAGGUUGAAGAAUGUGGAUUUGAUUAUUAGAAUGUAUAGGGGUUGUAAAGAAGGCAUAUCUAUGACGUACAGAACCAAACAAACUUUUUUGGAGCGAUGAUUAGGAUUA